CACUCUGUUAAUAUAACGGAAUUUGCCGCCACCCGUUGCAAGUGUCAACCGUUUCUGCAUUGCCGCCUUGCCGGCAAAAUAGAGCCCAGGCCGUUAUUUUAUAUUAUACACUUUCUUCUUCAUUCGAUUCCGGAGAGAGAGAGAAAAGAACUGUUUAAGGCAGUAAAUAUAGUAUUGAGCUUGUGUAGUGGUUUUUCUUUUUGUGAUUUUAAAUGGAGUGUUGGAUUCACGACCAGUGGCCCGUUAAUGGUGAAAGCUCCUUUGCCGAGAGACAGGCUAUGCUUAAGGCACAAGUGUUUGGAAGCUUAGCCUCCGGUCUUGAAAGUUGCGGGAAUUUUGAGCAGCGAUUUUGGCCAUACGACCAGCUGCUUAUAAAGCAUGAGGAGCUUUAUGGUGCUGGGAAGAGCAACGCACCGGUUUCGAGCUGGGGACCGGAUGGAGCAUUUAACUUUGCCGCCAGCAAUUUCAAUGAAGAGGAGUCGCAGCAGUGCGGAUUUGAGCUCGAAAGUCUGCCGAUUCAAAUGCAAGGGUUUGGUAAUUUUCAGUUCGUUCCCGUGCCAGAUUUUCAAGAUGAAGAUUUCGGUUACGCGGAGCUCAAUCUUCCAGUCUGGCAGACUCAACCGAAUCUCUCAGAGGUAUGCUGUGCUUCCGCCGAGCGGCCAAGGAACAGCUCCUUUUAUACACUAGAAGACGUGAUGAAAAAGCUCCCCCGGGUUGCUCCUCUGCUUAUUCCUAGCCCGCCGAUGAACCUCGGUAUUCCUCCUUCCCCUCAGUUUUCUUCUGAUGUGAGCCUGUCUUCAUGCCUACCGUUUUCUGCUAGGGUUUCAUGCCCGCCGGCCUCGUUACAGCCGAGCGAGUCGGAGACAGAGCAUUUAAAUCAGUUCACACAGUUACAGAGUUGCCGUAAGCCGCAGUAUGCUUCCGUGGAGCCGCAGAGCGUCGCGGCUCGUCACAGGAGAAGCAAAAUCCGUGAAAGGAUUCGGUCUUUGGAGAAACUGAUCCCGCAGGGUUCGAAACUCGACACGGCCAGAAUGCUGGAUGAGGCUAUUAAGUACCUCAAAUUCUUGCAAGCGCAAGUUCAGGUUUUGGAAGCCAUGCCUCACGGCGAUUCGAAGCCAGAUCUCAAAUCAAACCCUAACGGUGCCGAUGAUAAAGAGAAUAUUUGUCUGAAAUCGAAUUAUGUUAGCGACGCCGCACGGAAGAUUGCUCUAACAAACGCUUUGACGCUGCAUAGAUCAGGUUCUGCUUCCGCUUCACCAAAGAAGCUAUCUGCUAACCAGAUGCUUCACAGUUUACUGAGUUCGUCUAGAAUUCAGAAGAAGCUCUUCAGCGCCGGAAAAAUCAUCGUUACGGUGCAGCAGAAGGAAACGCUUGCAUCUGCGCGGCCUGAUCUAUCCGGUGAUUUCUCCAAUUUUCUCUUCGACUAAUAAAUGUUUAAGCUUCUUCUUUUUGUCCAUAGCUACUCUGAAAUUGAUCAAGAGCUUCCUAUUGUAAUGUCGGCCCUGCAACUCACUCGUACGUGCGUGGAGGUAUGAAGUUUCGUACCGUCGCCUAUUCUCAGAAUUUGGCAGAACAAUCUUUUGAUGUCGGAAAAUUCUGUGAAAAUUUUACUCGAUCAAAAAUCUUGUAAAUAUAAUACAUGGAACCGUUUCGGUGACAGUUCUUUUCCUGUAGCUUAUAUUUUGGUAACCAAGUUCAGUUUGAGUUUAA